UUGGUGUACCGUUCACCAUAAGGAAAUUUUAUAGCAGCAAGGAAGGUGACUAACAGCGGGAUAUGUUUGUGCUGUGUUCAUUAAUGGGAUAUUAUUGCCAUCAUGGAAAACUUUCUGAAUAGAGACAAGGAAAAACUGAACAGCUAAGAACGUCUACAACUGCAGUGAUCAUCAGGAUGGCGGCCUCUUCCAGCGCUGCAUCUUCUGAAUGUGAGGCUGGAGAUGCGCUGUGUGAAAUUCGUGUGUAUGAACAAGAGGUGAUAAUCGUACCGGUGAUCUUCUUCAUGAUGUUCUUGAUCACGCUGCUAUUCAUUAUGCUGCUGAGGUUCUGUCCAGAGAAGGUGGAACGCCUGCAACCUGCUUCCAGUCGAGUAUCCAGGACUAGGAGAAACUUGCAGGGCAUUGAUGCUCCUCUGGGUCUGAAUGCUCUGGAAGGGGAGCCCAUAGCACUGGACACAACCACUUACAUGACAUUCAACCCUGCAACGCCAGCCAGGCUCGAUCACGCCAACAAUGUUGCCUUUACUGAUGGCAUGUUUGGCGCCACAGCUUCAGCCUUUGCAAAGCCACGAGAACUUCCACGCCAGCGACUGCCGGAGAACUUUAACGGAGUCGCUCCUCUCCCAGCUUCAUACUCACUGAAGUCAGACAGCCCCAUCUCGCUCUAUAGGGCUCGUAUGGAAAACAGAAAUGUGGUGCUUCGUGUGCUUAAAGAUUCAGCCAGUAAUCAGGAAAGUCAGUCAUUCUUGGGAUUUGCGGCCUUUCUGUCCCAGUUAGGGCCUCAUCCCUUCUUACCAGAGCUGCUGGGAGUAAUAUCCUUGCGGGCUCCUCUCAUUACUGUUAUUGAGGAGAUGGAGAACAGAGAUCUGCUUGGAUUCUUGUGGAGAUGUAGACAGGAUAAUGUUGGACCAGAUGGCAUGUGUCAGAUGACAGAGAAAAAAAUCUUCAACAUGGCUUCCCAUGUGGCCUCAGCACUGGACUUUCUCCAUGGCAAAGAUCUUCACCACUGCAACUUAAAGGCUCGAAAUGUGUUGGUCAGCAGGAUUUGUACUGCAAAACUCUGGGGUUUAGACGACUUGUACGUGAGGACGUCAGGAAGUGGUAAUUACAGUGAAGAUCCUGGAAGAAAAAAGUGGCAAGCUCCUGAGCUACUGGCCAAGAGACCUUCUACUCCAAAAAGUGAUAUUUGGUCCUUUGGGCUGCUGCUGUAUGAAAUGGUGACACUUGGUGAAGUUCCUUUUGCCGAAAUCCCUGUUAAAGAACUUCUACAGCAUCAUCAGAGGGUGAAACCAAUAAGAAAACCAAACAACUGCUCAAACUCACUUUACUCAAUUAUCAAAUCCUGCUGUCAUUGGAAAGAGCAAGAUCGGCCCUCAUUGGCUGAAGUCAGGCGUAAACUCCAAUCAGGAGAGAAGAGUGCCAGUGACAGCAGUGUUCUCCGUGUGCCCGAGCCAAUCAAUAUUCAACAGUAUCUGAAGGAGGCUGGAUAUGGAGAAUCCAACAGCUACACUGUUUUUUAAAAAGGAUAGCAGUCGUGAAGUAAAAGUUGUUGUGAGGCUGCUACAUGAUAUAUGAAUAUAUGCUCUUGUUGAAAUGUUCUGUUCACAUUAAUACACAAUGUGUUUAAUAGCUGACAUUGUGUUGAAAAAUUACAUUGCAAGAUGCUGUUCACAGAAUCAGAGGGUUGCACCAAAACACAUAUUAAGCACCUCCUGAUAAGUACACAGUCCUUGUAUGAAUUUGUUUAAAGCAAAUGUUUGGUUAAUGGCUCGUACGACUUUGUUUAAAAUCUUUAUGGAAAAUGAAUGGGAAAAUACUUCUGGAACUUGCGCUGCUGAAAAACAGGAUGGACGCUGUUUAUGAAAACUCUCUUUUGUCCUUGUGGCUUUAAGCUGUGGAUUUCCAGUGCCUUCUAAAGAGUCCUGACCAGCCACAUAUAUAUUUAAAAAAAUAACAUAUGAAAUGCAAAUUUUAAAGUGUUUACAGAUAUUCUUUCUUUAAAAUGCAUUGAAAUUGCAAUGUUGCCAAAUCCAGUGAUUUUAUUUAUAUGAUCAAAUUUUUAUUGUAAUGUAAAAUUUAACUUAAAACUUUGGAAAAUAAAAGAUUUUUGAAGUAAAA